AAACGAAACGAUGGCAAUUAUCCAUUAUCCAUAAAUAAAUCUUCAUCACAUAUUCUAUUUUCCAGCCACCCAAAAUUCUCAAAUGUUAACACAACAUCUCACUUUCUCUAAAUCCUUAAACCCUUUUCUUUCCAACCCCAAAUGGAAAAUCAAAAAACCCUUAAACCCUAAAUUUACCCCCAAAUCAACUGUAUGUUACCUCAAAAUUCUCUCUCUCCAAAACCCUAAACCUUCCUCACAUGGCCGCCAUCUUCCCCUCCCUCCUGCCGCCGGUCGAAGCAAGAAAACCCCCACAACAGGCCGCAUCGAGGGCAGCGCUGAGCUUCGUCGUGACGCAAAGCGCAAUGCGCGGCGUAAAUCCCGAAAACUGGCAGAAAGUCUUUUUUACAGGCUAAAAAACCCACAUAAAAAUUACCCAGAUAAUUUCUCAGAAGAUGAACUUCAAAUGAUUGGGUUAGGUUAUGAUAGAAUGGUUAGGUUUAUGAAGAAAGAUGACCCAAAUUUAAAACACCCUUAUGAUUGGUAUAAAUAUGGGGAAUUUGGGCCUUAUAGUUGGCGUGGGAUAGUUGUUGGUGACCCAAUUCGUGGACGAAUGUCGGAUGAAUGUGCGACAAUUAUUGGUGAGGUUAGAGAUCAUGAGGAGUGGGAAAAGAUUGAGCAGCAUGAAAUGAGUGUGGAAUUUGGGAAUAGGUUGAAAACGUUUAAUUUGGAUGUGGGUUUGCAGAAUUAUUGGGUGUUUGUUCGGCAUCCGAGAUGGCGGCUUAGUGAUCAGCCAUGGGAGCAAUGGACUUUGGUGUGUGAAGUGGUGUUAGAAGCAGGGGAUCAAAGGCUGGAUAAAUGGAAUUUGAUGGGUAGGUUAGGAAAUAAGACUAGGGCAAUGAUCACUCAAUGUGCAGCUUGGAUGAGACCUGAUAUAGUGUAUGUUAAGAGACCGGUGUAUCAAUGCCGGUUUGAGCCACAAGUUAACUUCUUUAAGGCAAUGUUGCCGUUUCUUAAUCCGAAAACGGAGAAUGACUACUUGUUUGAGUUGGAGGAUGAUGAGGGGAAAGUUCAAUUGUGUACUUAUUUUGGUGGGUUGUGUAAGAUUGUGAGGGUGAGUCCUAAGGCGUAUGUGGAUGAUGUGGUGAAGGCUUAUGAGAAGUUGAGUGAUGAAAAAAAGUCGAAAUGUUUGGAGUUUUUGUUGAUGAAUCAUCCUGUUCAGCUCUUGCAUCCUUACACCAAAGAAUGGAAGGCGAAAUUGGAGGAGAUGGAGAUGGGGUGUGAUGCUCCUGAUGAUGAUGGUGAUGGUUUUCAUACUCAGAGUGUUAAAUUAGGUGAGAAAGAGUUUAGUGAAUGGGUUGAGGAUGAUGGAGAUGAGAACAAUGAUGAUGAUGAUGAUGAUGAUAGUGAGGAUGAUGAUUAUGAAUUAGAUGACGAUGUUUUGAUGAACACAAACGAGGAAGAUGAGGAUGAAUUAGGAUUGCAAGACGAGGAUUUAGGAGUUGAAGACAAUGAAGAGGAUGAGAAGUAUUGGAAAGAAGAGUUCGAAAAGGCAAUAAGAAAUAAUGAUGAUAUGGAGAAUUUUGUGAAACGGAGUGUAGAAAGAACAAGCAAAUUUUAUGACAAGCAGUUACAGGCAAUGGAGAAGAGUGAGAGUGCAAGUAACAAAGACGAAGACAGUGGCGAUGACAAUAGCGGUGGUGAUGGCGAUGGAGACGAGACCGCUUUGCGAGGUAAAAGAGCCAAGGUGAGUCCAGAAGAAUGGAAACUUAUUGGGUUGGGUCCUUGGAGGAAGAGGACUAAAAAGAGUAAAAUUCCUCCUGAGAUUUUUCUCAGAGCUGCUGUUAGACCAUUUACCUACAGGAAUCUUGUCAAGGAGAUUGUGCUAACUCGGCAUGCCAUUUUAGACGGUGAAAUUGAACUUGAGGAGUGAAGCUUUUUUCAUUUGAUUAUCAAGUUUUGGCUAAACCAUCUGUUCCUUUUCGACGCUUGUAGUUGUACACUUGUAUUGUACUACUUUAUAGAAAGUAUUUAGAUAUGCUGGUCUUUGCCUUGAACGAAGACAUUGUUAAAAUUUGUUUUAUUAUUUUCUCA